AGUCUGGACUUUUAAAUUAAAUGCAGAACUGAAACUCUUUUUUGAUGCUUACACUGGUUGAAAAGGCUUCCAAAAACCCAUGUUUAAUUCUUCAACAAAAGUUUAUCAGCCUUCCAAAAAGCAGAAAGAGGAGAAACAAUGGCUGAGAGUGAGUUUCAAACCAGAGAACUUCAUUCCAGGGCUCAUCAUCGGCUUCAUUUGUGGUUUGCUGUUGGAUUUAUCAAAGCCCAUUAUAGCUUCCAGCAGUGCUGCUGCCAAUAAAAAGAGCAAUUUGUUGCCAAGCAAGAAUCAGAAACAGCCAAGAUUGUCUCCGGAUGACACCGAUGAAGAGUUGAAAAUGGUUUUGGUUGUUAGACAAGACCUGAAGAUGGGGCAAGGAAAGAUUGCAUCUCAAUGUGCUCAUGCUGCAACUGGCAUGUAUUCAGAACUUGUGCAAAGGUAUUUUUGUCAUGACCAUGUUCUAGUAUUUGGAUAUGUGUUAAUGAGACCAAAAACAGUUUGCACACUAAGAACCUGUUUCUAUACAUGAAUUUAGACUUCUAUAGAUACCUCGGAGAUUUGAGGUACAAUAUUUGCUAUAUGGACCAAGCUACAUAACUGAUUCGGCGAAUGCUCUAACCUCAUUUCACAUUGAGUUUUAAAUACGAAAAGAGUUGUAUAGCUAGAUUUUAGACUCUCGAUCCAUUUGCAUUUAGUUGUCUUCUGUAUAUUUUGACAAGAAGGAAAUCACUACCCUAUUCAGUCACCGCUCCCUUUUGAGGAAAUGGGAACUCUGUGGGCAAGCCAAAAUUGUUGUUACAUGCAAGAAUCAGCAAGAAAUGUAAGCUGUGAUCUCUCUCUUUUUUUUUUCUUUUUUUUUUUUUAUUUCUUUUAUCUGUACUUUGAAUUAUCAUAUAGAAAUCCAUCAUCCAGGAGCCUUGACACGGACGUAUAAGAUUGAUAAGAGUUACAAUGUUGGCAUUGUUUUAGGAAUAAGCUUAAGGAAGCAGCAGAGGACAUAGGUCUUCCAACUUUUGUUGUUGCUGAUGCUGGACGUACGCAGGUCUGUACUUUUUAGAGUAUUGUGGAACUCUUAAUGGUGACACUGAUUAGAUGUAGGUUGUGUUAUUGAAUGCAUUUCUCUUCAUCAUUUUUGCUUCGUUAUGUCCACAUCAUUGUGCAUAUGUAUCUGCCAUUUUGCUUGACUCAAGUUUGGAGAUGUUACAACAGUGAAAUGUAGACCUUCUCUCCAAAGUGCAUGUGAAUCCUUCAAUUAAGUAGUAGUCAUGUGGUAGACCAAAAGUUUUGGAUGCAACCUUCUUGACUAAUUAGUGUCAACGAGUAGGGAAGAACUCUUGUUAUACCUCUCUUAGCUGAUUGAAGGGCUUUUGAAGGAUUGGGCACGGUGAAGUUCUUUCUGAUUAAGCCGCCAUAGAGAAACCAUACGACGGAUGUAUAUAUUCUCUGGACUGGAGUUUGUGAAUGAUAUCUUCUUGGGAUAAUACAUAUACUGCAAGCAUUUCUUUCUUGAUAUGAGUUCUUCGAUUACUUUAACAUCAUCGAAAGUUAAUGCUUUUGAGUUUUGUCAGGUUUCAUCGGGGUCAAAAACUGUUCUUGCGAUUGGACCAGGUAUGCUUUUCAUCAAAGUUGCCUUAUUGGCUAAUAUUCUGCUAUAAGUCUGCCAGGAGUUGAUUUUCCAAGUUAAUCCCUAGCAAUCUUUUCGUGCUUGCAGGAAGCAAAUCAGCUGUAGAUUCAGUCACAGGGAAACAACGGCUACUAUGACAAUGAUGACAAAGUUUAAGAUAGAUUUGGGCGAUGUAUCCGUUGUAAUUUGAUUUGACUGAUUAGAGGCCUCCAUUGUGGGCAAAAAGACUCACAUUGCUAACGUGCUCUUUUAUUCCUCCAGCCUUUCUGCCCUCUAGGUUUUGUAGUUAGCAUUGUGUUGGAAAGAACUGGAGUUUCAAGUUAGAUUUGUUACUUCAGGAGAAUUAUGUAGAGAUUCUAUAUUCUUAUCUUAUGCGUCUUUCUUCUAUAUCAAACCUUGACACGUACAUUGAUGUGUAUCUAGCUCAACCGCCAUUGGCAACGGAGGUUGUAUUCUUGUCACUUAAAACGGAAUAAACUGUCCAUCGUAUGACAAAUUAGUGCCUCUAAAUUUUCCCUAAUUGCUACGAAAAUGCACACCAUAAAUGAUAACAGAGGAAAAGAGAUGGUGAAAAAAAAAGUCUGCUUGAAGGGUAAUAACAAAUUGUAAAACACUUCAAUUGUGUGUCAAUUCAAGUUAUUAGGUCAAUUUCGUUUUAUUGUGUCGGUUGUCUCGGUAAUUCGUGUCGUCG